CAUUCAUUCACUCACUGAAGAUGAACGCUCUCACAUUUCUGCUUUUAGCCUAUGUUCUACAUUCAUUUGCUGAAGUACUUCCAAACUUUAACAGAUGUAAUAUGUUCUUCUUUGAGGGGAAAGUGCCAUCAGGUUUUAGUUCUGCUUUUUGCAACAUAUGCCAGAGGUACGACAAUAUAUACCAUUUUGCUACACUGUAUGACACUGACAAUAGGAUUCCAGUCUAUUCAGCCUACAUUUAUAAAGAAAGUGCUGCUGGUGGAAGGCAUGAUGAUUGGAAAAUUGAACCACAGCUUGCAGACCAAAAUUGGCCACAUGAUAUGAUGAAGAUCCGUGACCUUGUCGAGUGGGGCAAUCACCAAAUGCCCAGGGUAACUGGAAUCAGGGAGAAAGUAAAUGCAAGUCAGGCAGUAAACAAUGACUAUACACACCAGUCAUAUGACAGAGGCCAUCUUAAUCCAGUCUGCCAUCAAUGUAACAGAUCAGCCAAAGAUGCAACGUUUACCCUCACAAAUGCUGCUCCAAUGAAUUGCUCCCUAAACAGAGGAGGGUGGAGAUCUGUGGAAUCUGCACGGGAAAACAUGAAAAAAGACUGCCAUAAUGAAACUGCUUACAUUAUCACCGGGACUUCCUCUACAGUACAUGCUCUUAAGCUUCAUAACAGAGUGGCUGUGCCUCAGUAUGUGUGGUCAGCGAUGUGUUGCAAAGCGGUGAAUGGAAGCAUAAUCUCUAAUGCUGCAAUAGGUGAUAAUUUGCAAUGCAUUGUAACUAAUGUAACAGUUGCAGUUUGUGAGGCACGAUUAAGUCAGUGGUUCAACAGUAAAAUUUCACUUUUCCAAGGAUUGUGUUGAGUGCAGUAGUCUGUGAAAUCAAUAUACCUUUCCUAUUUGCAGCUGGUAUUUUUGCCAACAAAUCUGUAGCUUACCCUUGAUAGCUUUUAUGUAUGCAUAAAAUAGUAGCGCCAGAACUCUUACUUCCAAAUCAAAAUGCAUCACCCUAAUAUGCAACAUACAAUAAUUUCCCUGUGAAUCUUGCUACCAUUUACGUAAGACAGAUUUUCUAAAAAUCAGUUUACAGAGCUAAGCUAAAGAGGUGGCCUGUGAUAUAACACAGAAAAAGCAAGUGUAUUAAGAUAUUUCAAAGGAAAAUCCCAUCUUUCACACUUUCACAUUAUCAACUUGAUAGACUAGUCAUUGUUCUUACUUUGAAUAGAAGAUAUGUGGCCCAGACUUGGCAACAUUCACAUAUACUUUAUUUUGGAUCACAACAGAAGAGAUGAAAACAAAAAUACAUGUACACACUUCUCAGAACCACUUUUUUUAUUAUUACUUCAUUACUGUUUUUUGGUGUGUGUGUGUGUGUGUGUGUGUG